AUGAAAGUUAACAUCCAGUUCGACCACACGCCGAGAUGCAACAUUUGUGAGGUCUCCCGGGAUCUUUUUGUUGGACAUGAGAGCAUCAAGGAUACUGUAUACGCUGCCGUUGAGAUUCCCUCUUAUGAUAAGGCACUGCCGCUACGAGUAACUGUAAACUGCAUUAGAAACGAUACAUUACCUUUUGAAACUAUCAAGGUUAGUGCUAAGCUUUUCGAUGUUUCUGCGUCUGGGCCGACAGUUAGUGUCUGUAAUUUCGAGGUCUUAGAAGGCAAGCCUUCUGUACUGGAGAGCGUAACGAUUCUAUUGAGGGAUCAACUAUACUCUAGAUUGAUGCAACUGCGCAAGCCUAGGCAUCGGCUAGAUUUUUUGGAGAAGAGAUACGGUUUACAGCAUUGCAGAACAGUGGUCAACGAUGGCUUUCUUUUGGAGCCCUAUUGGUGUGCAGUAAGUCACUGUUUUCCCUCUAGAGAAGGAGUGGUUGACUUUUACGAGACGCAAUUCGUCUUUGUGAAGGAUAAGAACCACCGUUUGGGUGAUCCUAUUCCUUCCGAGAGGCUCGAUGAGUCUUUUAUGCUGGGAGCAGCAUCCCAAGCGACGUUAAAGCUAGCAGCGCUCAAAUAUCCAGUAUCGCUGGAACUGAUAAGCCCAUCCCCUUCUUUAAAGGAUGACGAUUCGAUAUAUGCUUUUGCCGAUUUUCGGACCUUACUGGCCUUGGGCGUAACCAGUGGAAGUCAUAUCAAUAUAUCGAAUAAAGUCACAUCUAGGAUGGUUAGAAUUUUCGUUCUAGUGCAUCCACAUCGGUUUGAAAGCUUUACUAUUUAUUCCACGCCCAGGUUACUGGCAAGUUUUCAAGGCGAUUUUAAUGUGACCAUUUCAAAAUGCACAGUUAAUGAAAUUCAGCUACCGACAGCCUCGUCUGUGUCGAUUGCUCGAGUUGGAAGCUGGAAUCAGUGCCAAAAAAUCUAUCAGAACAUUAUACUAACUAAGCUUAAAUUAUUCUUCACUACAAAACGAAGAAUUCUUCACGUUGGGGACAUGAUUCCCAUUUCCUUCGACACCACCUUAGCGACUCUGUAUUCAGAGGAUCUCGAUUCUGGCUUAUCCGAUUCUACCUUCCUCGAUUCCAGUCUCCUCAACCAGAAAGAGGAUGCAUUAGUGUGGUUUUACGUUGAAGGCGUUAAGCUGAAUGAUGAUAGUCAUCUAGAUGCAGAGUUUGUCAUUGAACCAUCGAAGACCAAGUUGGUUACCGCAAAUAUAAUAGACAAGGCGCCUCUCAAGCUGUCCAAAUGCGAUUUUAUCUCAUACUUCGACUUAGAUCCCGUGUUCCAUUAUGACUUGACGAAGUUCCCUUAUGCUCAGAAACUAACGGACCUGUUAGAGACUUCUUUGAAGUGCAAAGACAAAAGAAUAAAAAUCAGUACAACUGUGCUUCUUCGGUCUACGGCUCCAAAUUGCGGAAAGUCCAGCUUGGUUCAAUCUAUUGCUCUGAACUUAGGCUUUCACCUCCUGGCCAUAGACUGUUUAACACUGAGCGUCAAUGCCGGGUCUCAAGACUCAACAGCCAAAACUAUUGGCUAUUUGCGGGGCAAAAUAGAGGGGGUCUUGACCAACACAAGGCCAGCUAUCGUCUAUCUCUCCCAUCUUGACGUCCUUAUAAUGGCAAAAGACCCGAAUCAAAAUCCGGAGAGUUUAAGGGCUUCCAGAGCGAUGGACUUAGAGAUCGCUAAAUUAAUUACGGAUAUUGCAUCUAAUUUCGAGGACACUGUGUUUAUAUGUUCUGUCAGUGACCCAGAUAGCCUCCCCACAAAUGUCAGGAAUCAUAUGAAGUUUGAACUAGAUGUCCCCGUCCCGGACGAACCUCAAAGAAAUGCAUUUUUUGAAUGGUUCUUAUCGCCCUCUUUACUUAAUCGUGGUUUGGGGGGAAAUAUCCCACGAUACGCUGUGAGUACGGACGUUUCAUUACCAAGACUGUCCCAGCACUCAGCUGGCCUGACACCAUUGGAUAUUAGAGUUAUCGUGGAAACUGCCAAAUUUCAGUGUGCUAAAAGACACAAGAGUAACGACAAUGUGUUAUUUUCGCCAAGUGAUUACAUGAUAAUUUCAAAUGAUGACCUCAAUUUCUCCAUUAGCAAGGCGAGAGACGAUUUUUCGGCGUCUAUUGGUGCACCAAAAAUUCCAAAUGUUACCUGGGAUGAUAUUGGUGGGAUGGAUCUGGUCAAGGGGGAAAUUAUGGACACCAUAGAUAUGCCAUUAAAACAUCCUGAACUUUUCGCAUCUGGUAUGAAGAAGAGAAGUGGUGUUCUCUUCUAUGGCCCGCCAGGCACAGGUAAAACCUUGAUGGCCAAAGCUAUAGCCACCAAUUUUUCUUUGAAUUUUUUUAGUGUGAAAGGUCCUGAGCUUCUAAACAUGUACAUUGGUGAAUCCGAAGCGAAUGUACGUCGUGUAUUUCAAAAAGCCAGAGAUGCCAAACCCUGUGUCAUAUUUUUUGAUGAGCUGGACUCCGUGGCACCGAAGAGAGGCAAUCAAGGGGAUUCUGGCGGAGUGAUGGACCGUAUUGUUUCACAGCUGCUGGCCGAACUAGACGGGAUGGGUUCCAGUGGUGACGGCGUCUUUGUCAUUGGUGCCACUAAUAGACCUGAUCUUUUAGAUGAAGCUCUGCUAAGACCGGGCAGAUUCGAUAAGCUUCUGUAUCUGGGUAUCUCGGAUACUAAUGAGAAGCAGUGCAAUAUCCUUCAAGCGCUGACAAGAAAGUUCGACCUUGAUGACGAGGUAGACUUGAUGGCUAUAGCCGACAAGUGCCCUUUCAAUUACACAGGCGCAGAUUUCUACGCAUUAUGUUCCGACGCCAUGCUCAAUGCAAUGACCAGAACUGCUGGAGAAAUCGACCAAAAGUUAGUAGAGUACAAUGAAUCACACAGCGACAGCUUAACGCUAAAGCAUUGGUUUGACAAGAUAGCUACGCCUCGGGACGUGAAAGUGAAAGUAGCAAUGACGGACUUUUUGAAGGCCCAGCGUGAGUUGACCCCAAGCGUCUCUGACGAAGAAUUGAGCCACUACCUGAAGGUCAGGGCCAAUUUUGAGAGUUCUAAUUGA